AUGUUACCUUCUCUUAAAGUUGACGAAAAAGAAGCCUGUCGACUUCAAAGGAAAAAAGAAAAUUUAGAAAAAAUAAAAGCUAGAUUACUUAAUCCUCGAUUAAAAGAAAAUGGGGCGGAUGUUGAAACGUGGAAAAGGCAACAGGAGGAAAAAAAAAGAUUGAAAGAAGAAGAACAGAGGAAAGAACUUGAAUAUCAGAGGCAAAAACUCAAAGAAGAUUUGAUAUGUGUCAUAACAGAUAAGAAAAUACAAGAUGAAAAAAAAGAAAUAUUAAAAAAAGUUCAAGAGUUUAGACAAAAUUAUCAAUCUUUUGAAAGCAGAAGAGAAUAUGAUUUAAAUGAUCCGCAUUAUAAAAAAAAGGCAUUACCCAUUAGAAUAUCAGAUGAUGAUCCAAGAUGUACAAUUUCUUCAGUACAAAAGUUUGAAGGAGAAGAUCUUAGAAGAAUAGAAAGAUUGAGAAUACAAGGUGAACAAACCAGAGCAUGGCUCGAACAACAAAUUGCUGAAAAACGACAAGAUGAACAAGAAAAAGAAAAAGCUGAACAAGUUUAUAUGGAAGCUCUUGUGGCCAGAGAUAAAAGAUCCGUACAGUUGGCUAAACUGGAAGAGGAAUGCAUAAGAAAACUUCAACAGUCAACAGCGGAAUACAACAAAAUUUUAGCAAACGAAAAAGAAAUAAGAGAAAGGAAUCGUCGUCUUAAAGAUGAUUUAGAUAAAGAAGCAGAAAAAGUUAAUUGGAUUAAUUCGGAUUUAUUAACGGAAAAUCCUGAAGUUGCAGCAAGUAGUUUGGGUCCUCAUAGAAUGAUUGGAUAUUUGUAUAAAGGAGGAGGACCAGGAAAAGCAAAAGAAAUUGCUAAAUUUUUAGAAAUGCAAAAAGAGGAAAAAAAGAGACGUCAAUCUGAAGAAGCAAUUAUUAAUAAAGAAUGGGACGCAUUGGCUAAAAAAAUGGAUCGUCAAAUACUUAAUAAAGAUAAAGAAUUGAUGAAACAACAAAGAAUGUUAAAUGCUGAAAUGUUUGAAAUCAACAAAAAAUUGGCUUUCGAAAAACAAGAGAGAGAAGAAUAUAUGAAAAAAAUAUGCACAAAUAUUCCGACGGAAGAAUAUUAUAAUAAAUUUAACAGUAGUCUUUAUUGA